AUGGAGCGCUGUCUGGAAGAGAUCUCCUCAACGGUAUUGGACGCAGGCGAGCCUAUUUCAUACCGUACGCUCAGUAUUCGCUCUCAAGUACCCUCAAAUGUUAGUAUUGAAGCCCUCACCGACUUUUCUGCCGAGAAUAGCAACGUUAAAACGUUGCAAUUGCUGAUCAAACGAGUACCCGUGGCCACUGACGACAAGAGCGAGACUGCAGCCGCUAAACGCGAUCCAAGGGCUCGUGUGCUGUCUCUAGCAGUGGGAAGUCAGAGAAAGAAUGAUGACGUGUUGUAUCAGCAGAUUUACGCGCUCUACAGCAAGUCAAAUACUGCUGCAGAGAACGAAGACGAAGUGACGGCCGUGGCUACAGUCUGUUGGGCACAGGAGCGUCAGGCACGCAAUGACGUGUUCAAUACAGUGACCAAGAAUGCACCUCUGUCUGCAGCUGUUAAGGCGCUUUAUAUAAGCGGAAUUAAGUGUGUAGAGGCUACGGCACGACAAGAUGUCGGAGAAGAUCAGGGUGAGGAGACCAUCUCGGCCUUCGAUGCCAUUAACACGUCGAUUAAGAAGAAACUAUCGUCUUCCAUAUCAUCAACGUCGUUCUUUCAGAGCAGCAAGAAAACAGGGGGAUCCAAGGUCAGUAGCUCGAGUAAGAAUGGAGAUAGCAAGAUGACAGAGAGCAGGAAACAAGAGACCAAGAAACUCGACAUGAGCAACGUGCUGACUAUGGACAGUGACGACGAAGAAGACGACGACGAGACGGAUGCUCCUGUGUUUGUCAAGACUUCGAGCAAUAAGAGAAUUAUUAGUGACGAUGACGAGGAAAUGGACGAGGUGCCACCUCCGAAGGAGACAGGAACACCUGCUCCAAAGACUCGCAACGUAAAGCGAAAAUUGAAUGCUUCUCCAGCUGAGACGAAGAAGACAAAAGAGGCUGCGGAAUUGGACGACGAGUCUCCGUCAAACAAGAAACAGCGCGUGGAGUCGGAAGACGAAGCUGACGACGAUUCUGUGGAGGAACCUGUGCUCGAGACUAAGCGACGGGUUGUCGUCACCAAGACGCGCAUCAAUGAACAAGGUUACAUGGUCACGGAGAAGACGUACGAGGAGGUAGAGUUGACGGCCGAGGAGAUUGAAGAAGAGCAAAAGGCUGCUAAGAAGAGAGUGGAGGAGAAGAAGAAAAAAGCGGCCGCGGAGAAGGCUACUAAGGCCAAGAAAGAGGCUAAAAAGCAAAGCGGUCCGCCUAAACAGCGUGACUUGCGAUCGUUCUUCUCGACCAAAUGA